AUGACAUCCAACGCCGACGAGUACGAACAGCAAAAUGUGCAUGAAGUUUAUCAACACAUUGCCCAGCACUUUUCAGCCACUCGCUACAAGCCAUGGCCCAUUGUGGAACAAUACCUCCAAAAUCUCCCCCCUGGCGCCAUCGGUCUUGAUGUGGGGUGCGGCAAUGGUAAAAACCUGAUGGUAAAUCGCAAUGUCUUUAUUAUUGCUUCAGAUCGUUCGGAAAAUUUAGCCCAGAUUGCUCGUCAGCAUCAACCACAUACAGCUGUGGUGGCCGAUAUUCUCCACCUGCCACACCGAGAUGCGCAAUUCGACUUUGCCAUCUGUAUUGCUGUCGUACAUCACCUAUCUACCCCGGAACGUAGAGUCCAGGCCAUCGCCGAGAUUAUACGAACCGUGAAACCAGGCUCAGGCACGCAGCCGGGUGGCACUGUGCUUAUUUAUGCUUGGGCACUGGAGCAAAAGCAUAGUCGUCGUGGCUGGGAUAAGGGAGACCAGCAGGACAUCAUGGUACCUUGGGUCCGAAAGACCCCAUCUGCACCAAACGGGACCCAGACUUUCAACCGCUACUACCAUCUGUUUGAAGAGGGCGAGCUAGAGCGAGACAUCGAGAAAGCUGGUGGUCAGGUUGUGACGUCGGGAUAUGAGAAGGACAAUUGGUGGGCCAUCGCAACACCCAAAAUCAACCCGUGA